AUGGGGCACUGCGAGACCUUCGAUAUCCGCUACGACAACGAGCUCGCCCAUCAAUACUACGGGGAAGGGGACCAGCUCACUCAAAAGCUCCAAGACGUCUAUAAAGACAAAAACCUGGAGUUUCCCCAUUAUUUCGAUUCCACACUGACCACCCCACCGAUUCACUUCAUGACGGUCGAGGCGCCUGACGAUGUAGAUGUGGACGGACUGAGGAAUGUGAAUGUCCCUCCAGGCUUAAAUGUCGAGAUUCUCGACUUCGAUUAA